AUCUCGCAAAAUUGAUUAUUAAUCUCCUUGAAGAAGGCUAAGAAGCGAGUAUAAAUCAUCGGAAGCUUGAAUCAUCGCGAGAGAAUCUCUGAGUGCUUCACGAAAUACUUUCCUAUAACGUAUUAAGUAUAAACAAUUCAUUUCAUUCCGAACAUCCGAACGAUGUCAGACGAUGAGGAUUACAUGUCCGAUAAAUUUCUACAAGAUUCCGAACAACGUGCCUCGUCGAGUCUUAUAUACAGACAUUCUGAUAGGAGAGAAUUUACAUUGAUGAAGAAAAAGGCUGAAAUUGAGUCUAGGAUGAAGGAACGCAACAAGUCGAUGCGAGUAGUCGAAGCGGAAAAAAGGGAGGAAGGCUUGUCAUCUGCCAUUACCAGCGCAAAUAAAGGUUUUGAAAUGCUAAUGAAGAUGGGAUAUAAACCUGGUCAAGGAAUAGGCAAGACUCAAUCGGGAAUGACUGAACCAAUUCCUGUAGAAGUGAAGGCGGAUAGGCAAGGUCUGGGAAAAAUGCUAAAGAAAAAGAAUUUGUACAAGCAUGAGAACACAAAUGCAAAAUUAGAUAACAUGGAUACCAGAGAUUUCCGUAACAGGAUAGCCCAAGAGAAGGCGGAACAGUUGCAAAAGAUCGAUUUGUACAAAAGUCAGAAGGUUUGCCAAGAAUUAGAUGCUAAAGAAAAUAUCGAGGAACCUGAAGAAUCGUGGUUUUGGCUAGAGAGCAAGGAAGAAAAAGAAACUGACGACACUAACGACGAUGACGAUGACGAGGACGACGAUGAUGACGACGACGACACCAAGAACGACGAAACACUCAGCCAUUUAGAAAAACUCGAUAUUCUUACUAGAUAUUUAAGAAAGAAAUACUUUUACUGCAUCUGUAACGAUACUAUAAUGUUGGUAACCCCCAAGUCAUUGCUAAUCCUCGUGGUUUAUGUUACAACAAUCAGCGAUGCUGAAAUAACCGAGGUAGAUGACGAAAGCUGCGAGACUCUACAGUCGGAAGUACGCAUUACCAAAGACGAAUACGACGAGAUAGGACGUCUGAGAAGAACGUGUAGCGGUGAUAUAUCGGUCACCAAAUGUGAAGGAUUCUGUAACUCGCAAGUGCAGCCAAGCGUUGUCACUACUACGGGCUUCUCGAAGGAGUGCUACUGUUGCCGUGAGAGUUAUCUGAAAGAAAGAUUUGUCAUCUUAAAUCAAUGCUACGACGCGGAUGGAAUUAAAUUGAUAGGCAUGGAUGACGAGACGAUGGAGAUCAAGAUACGAGAACCCGCCGAAUGUAAAUGCAUUAAGUGCGGCGAUCUCGCGAGAUAAGAGCAACAACGACUUGAAAUGUAAUCUGUAUAUUCUCUCAGUGCACAGUGAAAUCGCAACAAUUAUAUAUGACAGUUAUUAUAUCUGUAUGAUAGAUAAAUGAAAAUAAAUGAAAAUAUAUUAUAUGUAA